ACCACCUUUCCUCUGUAGAUUUUUAUAUAUACACCUAUGUCGAAUGUCGUACAGUGACUUCUCUGCAAAAAUCAGCUUUCUAUGUACAAUUCCCUCCGGGGAAUUGAAGAUGAUUUGCGAGUGCGAGCGCAUCCAUGUCGCGGCGUUUCCGGUGGAGGAGUUCCCGGAGCGCCGGCACAUUUCAACGAGCGAGGUGGUGGGUCGCGUCUUGACGGAGCUCCGGUACAACAAAGCCGGCGAGGGCUGCGGCUACAUCCUGUCGGUGACCAAAGUGAUCAGCAUAGGAAAGCCGAAGCCAUCGUCCAAACGGAAAUCCGUCCUCGUCCCGGUGAAGUUCCGGUUCCGCAGCUUCUUCCCCACCUCCGGCGAAACCAUGGUCGGCACCGUCCACCGUGUUUUGCAACGCGGGGUGUUCCUCAGCUUUGGGCCCUUGAAAUAUAUAUAUCUCCACCCGUCAAAGAUGCCCAGAUACCGCUAUGUCGACAACGCGGAACGCUCUUUCUUCCAGCGCGAGGAUUUGUCGAGGAUUGAGAAAGAUGUCGUCGUGCGUGUCAAGGUGCUCGCCGUUAGAUGGUCGGACGUCGGAAUUGGAAAAUGGGGUUUCCAGGUUAUGGCCACCGUUGACGGCGAUUCCCUUGGACCGGUGUCGCUGGCCGGCGACGGAUUAGACUUCCCCUGUUCUGAUCUGUUGUAAUAUAGUUUCCGCUUGUUGAUGACAAUUCAAAAUUUCUGUCUUUAGAAAUAUGUUGUAUAUGCACUUCUUUGGAAGUGGUGACUCUUUUGGUAAAUGAAAAUGUAUUUGA